AUGGCUGCACAGAUGCUCGCUGCCCUGCUGGCUUUCGCCUCCCUUUGUGCCGCAGCCGAACCCGACUGUAAGGAGCUGGUCAAGCCCCUGCUGCUGGACAGCCACAGCCCUAUCUAUGGGAAGUGGGUGCUGCAUGUGGGUUCGUGGGAUGAGCCCGGGCUGAAGAGUGACCUGGUGUCGGUCAACAGCUCCUGGGUGGAGCUGUCAGCAUCCUCAGACAGUGGCGUGAUGACCAUCUACUGGGCUGACCGCCUUAAUGAAGAUAAGUGUGUUCAGGGACUAGCGAACGGCACCAUUUCAGGAACCACCAGCCACACCACCUUCAUCAUCAAUGGUCAUACUUCUUACCAUGAUGGGAAGUAUUACACAACCUGCAACGACUGUCUCUUGUCUGAGGACACCACUCUCCUCCCUGACGGCAAGUCAAAGGGACGAUACCUUUUCCUUUUCACACGCACGGGCACUCUGGAGCCAUCUGAGUUGGACACCUUCAAGAAGCAGGCAGAGUGUCUGAAAUUUCUCCCAGAGUACCACUUUGGGGGCACAGAUCUGUGUCCAGACGACAGGGAAACUACGACGCCGGAGGCUGAAAAUACAGAGAAUGAUGAAACGGAGGCGCAGCCGACUGAAAAAUAA